AUGAACAAAACCGCAACUUUAUGUACUUCUUUGAUUUCAUCUAUUGCUCCAAAAUAUAUUCGUUAUGCAUCAACUGGAUCUGGAGUAACACAUGCUAAAAAAGUUGCUGUAUUAGGUGCUAGUGGUGGUAUUGGACAACCUCUUUCUUUAUUACUUAAACUAAGUCCAUUGAUUAGUGAUCUAUCUCUUUAUGAUAUUCAACAUACAAAAGGUGUUGGAGCUGAUUUAAGUCAUAUUGAAACACGUUCUAAAGUUAAAGCUUAUGUUGGCAAAGAUGAAUUAGCUGAUGCUUUAAAAGGCAUGGAUCUUGUCGUUAUUCCAGCUGGUGUACCGAGAAAACCUGGAAUGACACGAGAUGAUUUAUUUAAUACAAAUGCAACAAUAGUUGCGGAUCUUGUUUCAGCAUGUGCAAAAAAUUGUCCACGAGCAAUUAUUGCAAUCAUUGCUAAUCCAGUUAAUUCAACAGUUCCUAUUGCUAGUGAAAUUAUGAAAGCACAUAAUGUUUAUGAUGAAAAAAAAAUUGUCGGUGUUACAACAUUAGAUGUUGUUCGAGCUGCAACAUUUGUUGCUGAAGCUAAAGGACUUGAUCCAACACGUGUAUUUGUACCUGUUAUUGGUGGUCAUUCAGGAAAUACAAUUAUUCCAUUAUUAUCUCAAGUUUCACCACCAGUCUCAUUUUCUCAACAAGAAUUAGAUAGUUUAACUACUCGCAUUCAAAAUGCUGGAACAGAAGUUGUUGAUGCAAAAGCUGGAGCUGGUAGUGCAACAUUAUCAAUGGCACAUGCUGGUGCAAGAUUCUCAUUUUCAAUUCUCGAAGCAUUAAAUGGUAAAGAAGGUGUUGUCGAAUGUGGUUUUAUAGCAUCACAAGAAACUGAAUUUAAAUAUUUUGCUACACCACUUCUUUUCAGCCGUAAUGGUGUCGAAAAAAGUAUGGGUGUUGGAAAAUUAUCUGAAUAUGAAACAAAAUUAAUUGAAAAAGCUAAAAAAGAACUUAAUGGAAAUAUUCAAAAUGGAAUUGAAUUUGCUAAACAAUAUUUAGCUAAAUCAAAAUAA